AUGCCGCCCAUCCUCUACUCCAUCUUCGGGACCUGUGUCCACUCUUCCGUAGGGACUGGCGGCUUGAUUUCUCUGCUCACCGGGGAGCAGCUUGCCCAGUAUGGAAACCUGGAGGAGCGAACACAUGCAGGUGCCAUUUUCACUCUACUCGUGGGGAUCGUCAUCACCUUGAUGGGAAUCUUCCGCUUGGCUUUCCUCGUGCGCUUCCUGUCCCGCCCAGCGCUUAGUGGCUUUAUCACUGCGAGUGCCAUCCUCAUCAUGGCUUCGCAGAUAAAGCCUAUGCUGGGGCUUCCCAAGUCGGACACUGGUGGCAUCUUUGCCAUUGCUUUGUCGCACCCACGGGACUUCCAAGACGUGCGCUUGCCCACAGUCGCGAUGAGUCUUUGUGCUUUGACGUACUUGUCAGUGAUCAAGAAGUUGAAAUCUUUGCACUGGACUUUGCGACUCCUGGGCGACUUCAAGGAGCUCACGCUAUUGGCGUUUUCUGCAAUUUUUGCGACCAGGUUUGCUGCAGACUUUGGCAUCUCCGUGGUGGGGGAUGUCCCAGCUGGGCUCCCAAGCAGCUCCUGGCCUCUCCAAACAGCGGAUGACCUGGCACUAGCACAGGAGAUGCUCCCGGGGGCGACCAUGGUAGCACUGGUCACCUUCCUCUCCUCCUUUGCCGGCGCCAAGAAGUUUGCGAUGCAAGCUGGCUAUCAGGUGAUCGCCAUCAACGAGCUUUUGGCUUUGGGUUUCGCGAACCUGGGAGGCGCUCUCUACGGCGCGGUACCCACCCAGAUUGGCUUGAGCCGUAUGGGCAUUGCUUACUCGACGGGCGUCAUGAGCCAGCUUGGUGCCAAUGUCUGGGUGGCAGUAGUCGUGGCUUUGGUCCUCAAGCUCUUCAGUUCCUACUUGUAUUUCGUGCCGCGAUGUGUCCUCAAUGUGAUCAUCCUUUUAGGAGCGCAACACUUGACCGAAUUUCAGCAUAUGAGCUGGUUGGUGUCUUUGCGCAGCACUCGCACGAGACAGCGCACCUAUCUGGUAGAUUUCUCUGUACCUCAGAAGAAGUGA